CGGUCGCGGUUCAUCUGGGCAAUCAGGUCGUGGUUCUUCUGGACAAUCAGGUAGCGGUUCAUCUGGACAAUCAGGUAGUGGACAGGGCAGUGGCUCAACACAAAAACCAAGUGGUGGCAAAGGCGCCAAUGGUUCAUCUGGACAAUCAGGUAAUGGACAAGGUAGCGGUUCUUCUGGACAAUCAGGCAAUGGACAGGGCAGCGGCUCAACACAAAAACCAAGUGAUGGCAAAGGCGCUAAUGGUUCGUCCGGACAAUCAGGUAGUGGACAGGGCAGCGGCUCAACACAAAAACCAAGCGAUGGCAAAGGCGCCAAUGGUUCGUCCGGACAAUCAGGUAAUGGACAAGGUAGCGGUGAAGGCAAAGGUUCGAAGGGAGGUGUUACCACAGGAAAUGGAACUACGGGUGGAGAAAAAUCGAAGAACGGUGAAGAAUGUGCGUUACCGCAAGAAAGUAGCGAAGAGUCAGACGAAGGAAACAACAAUGAUGGCGAUAAGGCAUCCAGUGAGUCCGAUGAGGGUAAUCAAGGUGCAUCAUGUGGUAGCAAAUUAUACGGCCGUGGCUCAUCUAAGAAACGCGGAUCUGGCAAUGGAGUCAGACGAACUGUCACAAGCUCAUCAGAUGUUUCUCCCAAGAGUGAUAAAUAUUAUAGUCAAUGUAGACAAUAUGCAUUACGUUACAUAUAUUCUUCAUUUGUUGUGGAAGAUGUUACAGUUGAACGUUUAUCAAAAACUGUUGUAAAAAGAUUCGUUCAGCAUUUCAAACGAAGUUUAAAGAACAAAGUUAAUGAAGAUGUACAAAAUAGCUUAAAAAAAGUUAAAGUAACAAGUUUAAGUACAUUCGAGCGAAACAAUUUACUUGUUGAAUUUGUUGCCGUUGUUGCUCCACAAAAGAACCAACAAGUACGCAAUGCUUUACAAAAAGCUGUUCUUUCAGUCGAUGUAAGUUGA